AUGGACAACCCACCAGCCCUCGGCCUCUCCCAUUCAAACCCCCAGCCCUCAACUUCAACCACCCUCAGCACUCCCGCCGCAGCCCAACUGCAGUCCCAAAGCCAGCCACAACCGCAACCGCCCAGCCAACAAAACCAGCCCCAACCCAGCGAUACCACACAACCGCAAUCACAAGCACAGUCCCAGGCCUAUCCACACCAAAUAACCGGGGACGGCGGCCCGACCGCGACUGCACCUUUCCUGAAAGACUUCAGUCUCGUCGCUGAAGCCGCGAAACGGGCGCAGGUGGCCAUUGUGACGAGGGAUCUCGAGGGCGUUUCGUUAUAG